AUGGAGAAGGGUAUAGAUAAGAGUGUUGACAAUUCUGCGAAUGAAAAUUCAUCGACGAUGGCUCGCCAGGAUUCUAACAAAGUCUGGUUGCAGCUAAAAGGACCGUCUUCUGUCGACGUGCAGAAAUACGCUAUCUUCCAGGCUGAGGUGCACUCCUGCGGGCCUUCUCUCGACUCAAGCAAGUACAAGUGGUCAGUAACUAGUGAGAAUGAUAUAAUGGACACUUACUUUGCAAAUGGUCCAAAACUUCAAGUGUCACCAGGAGCUCUUCUUCCCAACACCAAGUACAAGCUCUCUGUUCAAGCAUUCCAUGGAGAAAUACUGAUUGCGACUCAAACAGUAGAAGUGGAAACCUACAUUCAAAACUUGGACCUUCAUCUUCAAGAUGCAGAAUUAAUUGUUGGCAAUGGACAUGCCAUUGACAUUGAUGCCUCUAGAUUCAUAGAUGUGGAAUCUAAAGCAAUUAAGCUUCGGUGGACAUGUAAGAAAGGCUUUUGCUAUCUUCCUGGGAAAGACAAGAGACCAUUGCAUAGUCUUGAAGGAUUAGCUCAACCUCAUCUUAGAUUACCUGCCAAGACAUUGGCUAUGGGGAGAUAUUUAUUCGCCUUAGAAGCAUCCUCUGGAGGGACGAUAUUGGAUGAAGCUGAGGUGGAAGUUGCAGUGGUCAGUGGUCAACCUCCUUAUAUCUCAGCACUUACUAUCAAGGAAGAUGAGGCAAGCUUCCACCUCCAAGCCCAGGUAUCAGAAAUACGCCAGAGAUGCCAGCUUUUUUGGUCUGUCAUACCUCGUGUUAGCUACUCUUAUAUUAACAUAUCUCAGGAUCCAAUAGCAGUGGAAGGCUUGCCGACACAGUCUCAGAAUUUUCAAAUGAGUAUAAUUAUUGACAAAAACUUGCUUAUACCUGGAUCAAAGUCACUGUUGAGAUUGAGUGCAGACUGUGCUAGAGCGGGACAUAUCUAUCGUCAAUUCAGAUUCUUUGUCCCUGAUGCCCUCAAUGGAUACCAUUUAGAGGUUGAACCUCAAAAUGGACAAGCUCUUCAAACUGAGUUUGUUUUUAGACUUAUUGAAAAGCGGACCUCUGGAAAAGCAAUUUACUCUUUUGGAUAUGAAGAAAAUGGAAGUUUAAAUAUUUUAUAUUCUGGUCUAAAUAAGGAGUUCAAAACUUAUUUAGGAUGCUGCAAGUUCAAAAUCGUAGCUACAUUGUGCAUAACCAAAUCAAAUUGUAUAACCCAAUAUGGUCCUGAGAUAGAAACAACCCUGCCAUCAACAUUCAACAAUUCUAUCUCCAGCUUUCUAGUAAAUUUAUACAAAGAGCAAGUGAUGAGUUCAGACUAUGAAGAAGCAUUGGCCAACUUAAAGAUGGUGGUAUCAACCCUUGAAAAAGUAGACCCUAAUGCAUAUAAGCAGUAUUACCAGGAAGCAGAACAAAUCAUUUUAGAGCGUAUAGCAGCUCAUACUGACAGACUGAAGAAAGAUAAGGACUAUCUCCAUGAGUCCGUGAGAAUGCUGGACGCUGCUAGUAAUUUAAUGGCAUCUAUUCAUCUUUCAGAGGAAUCUUUAAACACUAUUCUUCAGUUCAGGGACUUAGUGCAUGCCAAUACAAGAACCUUAAGUGAAAAAAUAAAAGAAAACAAAAUUUCUCAAAAUCUGCCACCUGAACCAAGGAUUAGCAGCAAUAAUAUUGAAAAUGCGAUCAUUGCAAAUAAUAAAAUAACUGCAAACUUGAAAAGAAAACCUUUUGUGGCUGCAGAAGCAGCCCUCAAAUCUAAAAUCGAUUUGUUGAAAAGGUUUGAUAAUGACUUGAUGAGUGAUCACAGGGAGAGGUCUAUGCUCCUAAACUCUAUACUCUACUAUUCACUUAGGCAGGGCACAGAAAACAAUAACUUAGAUCCUGUAUUGUACAGUGCAACAGAAAACCUACUGCGCCAAAAAAGAGAGGUUGGAGAUAUGAAGAGCAAGACGAUUGCAAAAAAAGAUAUGGAGACUGUGCUGAAGGCGACUGUCUUACCUCUUCUACAGAAAGAUGGGAAUUGGAAUAAAGCACGAGAGGAAACUCUUAAGCUCAUAUCAAUUAUUUUUGAUUACUCAAAGGAUCUUUGCAACGAUGCAUCUGUUCACCACAUUAUUGGUAAAGAACAGGAUCUAGUACUGUUAGGAUCCAAGCCUCUCAAGAGCUCUAAGAACGAAAAGAUAGUAUUUCCAUUUUGCAGCUCCUCCUGGUGCCCCUCUCUCAAGAAUCUUCUCAAUGUCAGCUUAGCUAAUUUCAACCCUGUAAGCAAUAGCUCUGAAGGUGUGUGUUUCUCUAUCGCCUCACUAAGGGACGACAUUUUGACAAACCUAAUACCAGCGGCAGUGAAUUCCACUAGUGUUAGGAGAAGUGCUGUUUAUUGGCUUCAUGCGAUGGAGUACCAGCACGGUGUGGUACCUGGAAUUUCCUACAAUAUUACAUAUGAUUCCGAAUCUUCUGGUCAUAUGCUAGUACAGUUUCCCGUCCGGCUCGAUACUGAGUCAAGAAAUAAUAAGACUACUCUGGAGUGUUGGAUGUUUAGUGCUGAAGGGUGGAACAACAGUGCUUGUGUAAAAAUGAAAGAAACACCAAAAGAAAAUGUCACAUCAUUACAAUGCAAUUGCCCUUUUCCAGGCUUCUACAGUGUGUUUUCAGUAGAAGAUAAAAAGCUGGAUCAGGAAUUAGUUACUACUAAAAAUGAAACACCUUCUUCAACAUCUUCUACAAAAAUUGUCUUGCAGACUACCACCAAAUCAGGUCCUACUACUACUUUAAAGCCUACAGUUUCUACCAACCAGACCACAACUAUUGUUCAGAAAACAUCUGCGAAACAAGACAUUGUUAAUACAUCUGUAACAUUGAAGGUGACUACAUCAUCAAUUAUUCCAAAAGAUCUGACUACAAUGUUAUCCCAGAUUCCAUCAACUACAACGGUGGCAGGACAAACUGUAUCCUCUUCAGUGCUUAUCAAGACAACAAAUCUCACUACAAAACAGAUCACCAGCACAGUGAGUCAGGCUUAUGACAACGAUAUAACAACGGUUCCAAGCAUCUACCAGCCUUAUAAAUAUUCUGCUACUUUCAGGAUUAAUGGAAGUUAUGUAGAGGAAGUUGGGGAAAUGAAGGAAAAGUUUGAAGAACAUUUAGAAGAUCAGUUACAAAAAAUUCUUAAUAUGUCCGAAUCAGUUACUGUUGAUGCAUGGAAAGAGAAGGAUAAAAUAGCUGUUGCCUUGCGGAUUCCAGAGAACAAGCUGCAAGAGGCUGGUCAUUCCAUUACACUUCUGAAAGACCUGUUAAAAAAUGGGUCACUUAUAUUAGAAGGUAUAGGUGAUAACCGACUGAAUAUACCAGCCCAGGAUAUAGUUCUCACCCAACAAGGUGGUGCUGCAAAAUCUGCCAUAACUGCUUUUGUCACUAUUGUGUUUAUAUUCUUGAUGAUUCUGAUAGGUUCAGUUGUUGCAGCCUUUUACCUGCGCAACAAUAGAGAGCAACGGUCUAUCAGAAUAACCCAGGACUUGCAUUCAGAUCCUCCUGCACCUAAAUAUCUAAGACUUCAUGAUUCUGUAUCUCUUGAUAGUUCUGGCCCUUCAACACCACAAAAUACUGAAAUGGAAUCAUCUCUUGCUGUUCUUACCAGACCACAAAGGAGGGGGUAUGAAACAAUGGAAACGUUCAGUCACUUCCCUGGAAACAUUUAA